CAGAAAACCACCCCAUCGUCCUCCCACGCCACCACCAAUCCCCCUUUCGCAAGCGGGCACAACACCGGCACCUCGGGGAUGCCGCUCCGCCGCCUCGUUGUUCUCUCCGCCGCCGUCUCCGGCCACCUCCGCCGCGGCCUCUCCACGGCCUCCUCGCCGUCGCGGCCUCCGUGGGCGAUGAUCCGCGGCCCCAUGGUUGUCAACUCGCCGGAGCCGCGCGCGUUACUCCACCUCCCCGCACCGCCGUGCAUCUCCCAAAUCCUCGUCCCCGCCCACCUCGUCGACGCCCCGCCCCGCCCCGACCGCGACAGCGACACCGUGCCCGUGCGCGAGGUCUUCGGCGGCCUCGUUAGCGCCGUGAGCGCCGACGGCCUCCUGCUCCUCGAAUUCAUGGAUCUCCGUCUCCGCGAGGCUGCUCCCGUCUUCAAGCACGGCUACGAUCAGGCACGCGCAGUGGACGGCGUCCAGAUUGCCGACCUCACCCGCUUCGUCCUGAACCCGCUCAGCGGCCAGAUGUUCCGCCUCCCUGACAUCGAUGGCACGAAGAAGACCGUCUCCUGCGUGGACAUCGGCAUCCUCACCCAAUCCGAACGCCCGGACCAGCCGCCUGACAGGUACGCUGUCGCCGUGCUCAACGACUACAACGAUGGGGGGCAGCAGAGGUUCGUCAUGCGGCGGUUUCUCUCGCAAACUGGAAAGUGGGACGAGCUGGUGGCUUUGCCGUCCCCGUCCCCGCACCCGAUGGGCCGCUGGAUGGAGGUGGUGGCCUUCGCCGGCCGACUGUGGUGGGUUGACAUCAGCUGCGGCGUCAUCUCGGCCGACCCGUUCAGCGACCGGCCGGACCUGCAUUUCGUCGAGCUGCCGAGGGGCCGCGUGACGGAGCCCGUGGAGCACCUGGACGGUUUCUGUCGCGUGGGGGUCACUCAGGGGAGGCUCCGUUACGCAGAGGUGUCCCGGGAGGAGCCUUUCCUUGUUAGUUCGUUUACCCUUGACGACAGCGGCAGUGGCUGGACGACGGAGCACCAGGUGGCGUUCAGCCGGCUCUGGCCUGGAGAAUGUCACCCGUAUCAGGGCUCCCCACGGAUUGGCGUUUUUGAUCCACUGAACGCUAGCGUCUUGCAUCUCACAAUCGAUAACACUGUUUUGGCUGUAGACAUGGUUAAGAAGAAGCUGCUUAGGUGCUCGAUGAUAAGUGGUAAUGUCCGAAGAAGGUCCUCUUUCCUAAAAGCAUGUGUGCUCCCACCAUGGCUUGGAUCAAGUCAGAUCCCUUCUGCAGGAACUCUUUUGAGCAAGGACAGUGCAAGAAGCAAGACUUUAUCUGAAUUUUUGGUUGGUGUAGACAAGGGCAAGAAGAAGUGAGAUACAGCAGUAAACAUGACUCUUGGUUCUAUAGAAAUCAACUAAAAGUUGUUUUAACUGAUUGGAAGCUGAUGGGUGGCAGCUUGCAGACCCUCAAUUUUGGGGAAUCCUGGAGAAGUUUGGGUUUAUUGGCCAUUGCAGUUUUAGGUAUGGUAUGAGAGAUAUUUUUGUUUUUAAUGGGAAGACCCCUCAUCUUUAAUGGGAAGAAUAUUGAGAACAUUGCAGUAGAAUGACUCAGUUCGGUUGUAUGUAACAGCCAUCACGUAAGAUGAUACAUGCUCUGUUUAUUGCAAGAGCAAGAUCUAUGAGCGCUUAUGUGACAGGACGUAUGGCGAAUUGGUGAUGCCUCUGCUUGGUUUAUAUGUCUGCCGUUUCUGCCGCU